CCGCCCCCGCAGCGGCGCCUGUCCGCUCCCCCUCUCCCUGCCGGGGCCCUCGGCUGAGGGGCGGGGCGGGCGGAGGAGCCACUCCGGGGAACGGGAGGGAGAUCCGCCGCGGAGUUACGGGAAAGUUGGUCCGAGUUCCCGGAGUUUCCCCCUGUGGUUACUCGGGAUCGGCUGCCCGGAGCCCCUGCUCGGCUCCUUUCCUCCCUCCGGCCUUCAGGGUCCGCUCGGUCCCUGCUUCUGCUCCGGGCCGCCAUGGAGCCACCGCCGGCGCCUAGGAGUAAGCUAAAGAAGCUGAGUGAAGACAGUUUGACUAAGCAGCCUGAAGAAGUUUUUGAUGUCUUAGAGAAGCUUGGAGAAGGGUCUUAUGGAAGUGUCUUUAAAGCAAUCCACAAAGAAUCUGGUCAAGUUGUUGCAAUUAAACAAGUACCAGUUGAGUCAGAUCUUCAGGAAAUAAUCAAAGAAAUUUCCAUAAUGCAACAAUGUGACAGCCCAUAUGUUGUAAAGUACUAUGGCAGUUACUUUAAGAACACAGACCUUUGGAUUGUUAUGGAGUACUGUGGAGCUGGCUCUGUCUCAGACAUAAUUAGAUUACGAAACAAGACAUUAACAGAAGAUGAAAUUGCAACCAUUCUAAAAUCUACAUUGAAAGGAUUAGAAUAUUUGCACUUCAUGAGAAAAAUACAUAGAGAUAUAAAAGCUGGAAAUAUUCUCCUCAAUACAGAAGGACAUGCAAAAUUGGCAGAUUUUGGAGUGGCUGGUCAGUUAACAGAUACAAUGGCAAAACGCAAUACUGUGAUAGGCACUCCAUUUUGGAUGGCUCCUGAGGUAAUUCAAGAAAUAGGCUAUAACUGUGUGGCUGACAUCUGGUCCCUUGGCAUUACUUCUAUAGAAAUGGCUGAAGGAAAGCCUCCUUAUGCUGAUAUACAUCCUAUGAGGGCUAUUUUUAUGAUUCCCACAAAUCCACCACCAACAUUCAGGAAGCCCGAACUUUGGUCUGAUGAUUUUACUGAUUUUGUUAAAAAGUGCUUAGUGAAGAAUCCUGAACAGAGAGCUACUGCAACACAACUUUUACAGCAUCCUUUUAUCAAGAAUGCAAAACCUGUAUCAAUAUUAAGAGACUUAAUCACAGAAGCUAUGGAGAUCAAAGCUAAAAGACAUGAAGAACAGCAGCGAGAAUUAGAAGAGGAAGAAGAAAAUUCGGAUGAGGAUGAGCUGGAUUCUCAUACCAUGGUGAAGACGAGUUCAGAAAGUGUGAGCACGAUGCGGGCCACAAGCACGAUGAGUGAAGGGGCCCAGACCAUGAUUGAACACAACAGCACAAUGCUAGAAUCUGACUUGGGGACUAUGGUGAUAAACAGUGAGGAUGAGGAGGAAGAAGAUGGCACUAUGAAACGAAAUGCAACUUCACCACAAGUACAAAGACCAUCUUUCAUGGACUACUUUGAUAAGCAGGACUUCAAGAAUAACAGUCAUGAAAACUGUAAUCAGAAUGUGCAUGAGCCCUUCCCUAUGUCCAAAAAUGUUUUUCCUGAUAACUGGAAAGUUCCUCAAGAUGGAGACUUUGACUUUUUAAAAAAUCUAAGUUUAGAAGAACUACAGAUGCGGUUAAAAGCACUGGAUCCCAUGAUGGAACGUGAGAUAGAAGAACUCCGUCAGAGAUACACUGCAAAAAGACAACCCAUUCUGGAUGCGAUGGAUGCGAAGAAGAGAAGACAGCAAAACUUCUGAGUCUGAUUUCUUCUUUUAAUGCCUACUGUGGAGACCAAAAAACCACUAAGAAUUGAGAAAAUAUUAGAAUUUUUUAAUCCCUACGAUUUAUACUCUGCAACUAGGCAAAAGUCAAAAACUAAUGAUGGUAUAUACCUAAUUCCCAAAAGCAAAUUUUACAGUUGUAUCCACUAUAUUUUCAUUUGUAAUUGAGAACAAUAGAAAUGUAUUGUCUUUUUCUGCCAGAUGAAAAUCAUUUUAAAAUGACUAUUUAGAGACCUUGAAGAUCCAAAGCUAUUGUUUGAUUGUACAGCACUGAUGGGCUUUAUGUCACAAUAUUCUUUGUUCCUAUCUGGAAGCCUAUUUAUUUUAAUCCUUUAGGUAGACUUAUUUAUUUAUGCUAUUUCACUUUGUUUUGUUUUUUAAAGACAAACUUGGACAGCUUUGGUGAAAGUAGGAACAUAUUAAUAGAUAAUAAUGUUCAACCAAAUUAUACUUCAAGCAGGGAGCUCUGGGGUACAUUCCUUGAUUUCCAGGAUAGUUUUCCAAUAGAAGAAAAGCAAUAAGAUCAAUAGCACCCAAAUGGGCUGUACAUUUUUGUAUUGGAGCAAUAAUUCCAUUUUUACCUUUUGACAUUUUGAUUUUUGAUAUUUGCUACAAAUAGAAUUGUAUAUUUAGGUUAAACAGAGCUAUAAUGUUUAAAACCAAAGAAAUCAAUGGAAUCCUUGCACCAAAAGAGUGUGAUAAAUAUUUUAAAAGAAAUGAAACCUUGAUACAAAUGUAAUUUGUUAAUACUGUUUCAUGCUUCAUAUGUAGAUCUGUUAGCUAAACUGAAUCAAACUUGCAAUUAGCUCAUCCAAUUUAUUUCUGUGAAAUUGUGCUCUACUAUUACAGGACUUUAUGUUGAUUUCAUUUAUUUCCUGAAAAAAGGUAAACAUCAUGUGCCUGAGGAUUAAAAAAUGACAAAAAUAUUUCUACUGAACUGUGCAAAGCUUGGGGACUGAAAAGAAAAAUACUAAAACCAUUAAAAAGUUACUCAUUUCUAAGCUGAAUGAA